AUGUGGUUCAAUAGACGUCGGACAACUCACUGGUUGUAUCAGGCUCUCGGACUGACGUGCGACAAUGCGUCCAACAACGAUGUCAUGGUGGACCACCUCGGCUAUGCACUCCCGGGCUUCGAGGGUAGUGUCGGGCGCGUGCGCUGCUUCGCCCAUGUCGUCAACCUCGUCGUAAAGUCUCUGCUGACACAGUUCGACGUACCGAAG